AUGGAGACCGGCUACUGCAACCGCAAGAAGAACGACGGCAUCUGCGAGGGCGUCUGCGACAGCGAGCUUGGUUCAAAGUCAGUCCUGAGCAUGUCAAGGCUGAAGUGCGCACUGCGGGGAUUUGAUCUGAGGGUUCUCUUGAUUCUACUGAUUGGUGUGCCAAUUCUGAUCUUUGCCAUAUAUGUGCAUGGCCAGAAGGUGACUUACUUCCUCCGACCAAUCUGGGAAAAGCCCCCGAAGCCCUUCACAAUACUCCCUCACUACUAUCAUGAAAAUGUCUCGAUGGACAACCUCUGCAAGUUGCAUGGAUGGAAAGUCAGGGAGACUCCACGCCGUGUCUUUGAUGCUGUGCUCUUCAGCAAUGAGCUUGACAUUCUUGAUAUCCGUUGGCACGAGCUUAGCCCGUAUGUGUCAGAAUUUGUGCUGCUUGAGUCCAAUUCAACCUUCACUGGCAUAAAGAAGGACCUUCACUUCAAGGAAAACCGCCAGCGGUUUGACUUCGCUGAAUCACGGUUGACCUAUGGUAUGAUAGGUGGAAGGUUUGUGAAGGGAGAAAACCCAUUUGUUGAGGAAUCAUAUCAAAGGGUUGCUCUUGACCAGCUCAUUAAGAUUGCAGGCAUCACGGAUGAUGACCUGUUGAUCAUGUCUGAUGUUGAUGAGAUCCCAAGUGGUCAUACCAUCAACCUCCUGAGAUGGUGCGAUGACAUUCCUGAGAUACUCCAUCUCCAGCUCAGGAACUAUCUCUACUCAUUCCAGUUUUUACUUGAUGACAAGAGCUGGAGGGCUUCAGUACACAGAUACAGAGCUGGAAAGACGAGGUAUGCACAUUUCCGGCAAACAGAUGAACUUCUGGCUGAUUCAGGGUGGCACUGCAGCUUCUGCUUCCGCUACAUAAAUGAUUUCAUCUUCAAGAUGAAAGCCUACAGCCACGUUGAUCGGAUCAGAUUCAAGUACUUCCUAAACCCAAAGAGGAUUCAGCACGUGAUUUGCGAAGGUGCUGAUCUUUUCGACAUGCUUCCUGAAGAAUACACAUUCCAAGAGAUCAUUGCCAAGCUGGGGCCUAUUCCAAGUACAUUCUCUGCUGUUCAUCUCCCUGCCUAUCUGCUGGAGCAAAACGAUCUGUACAGAUAUCUUCUUCCAGGCAACUGCGUCAGAGAGAGUGGCUAG